AUGGAUCCUGUCCGACCACCCUUCAGGGGCCCGUCUCCUGUGCACCCAUUUCAGUAUGUUCGGAUGCCAGGCUCUUGGCAACAGGCUCCAAAACCUUUGGACCCAGCUCUGGGCAGGGCAGGACCUGCAGGCAGAGGCCAUGUAUUUGAAAAGCGAGAGGAGCCAGGCCCACAGAGUGGGCCAGUGCAAAAGGAAUCUAUGGGUUUGGUCUCAAUGUUCCGAGGACUGGGCCUUGAAACAGUGUCCCGGACCCCUGUGGAACAGGAAAUGCCUCCUUUAGGUAGAGGCAUUUUAGGUCGAGGCUUGUCUACCAGUAUGGCACGCAAGGACAAAGAAGCACCCCAUCCCACUUUUCUGGAUCCUUCAGUGUUGGCAUCUGGAGAUAGCAAGAUGGCAGAGGCCUCCGUUGGUUGGAGUAGAACGCUUGGAAGAGGGAAUUUGGAUGCCUUUUUAUUACCGAUGGGAAGAGCAGCUGGUGGUAUAGGCAGAGGAGUAUACAAGGCUCCCGGUGCUCUCAGCCUGAAUUCUCAGGAUCCUGCCCAGCUGUCAUCUCCGCUACCUCUGACCCCGGCCCCACUGCAUUCUCUGGAUUGCCCACCACUUGGGACUGCAGAACACAAGGAAAAAGAACCUUUUGUGAAGCAAGGAUCGAAAGGAACACCUCAAUCUUUGGGAUUGAACCUUAUCAAAAUACAGUGUCGUAAUGAAGCAGUUUAUCAAUAUCAUGUGACUUUCAGCCCCAAUGUGGAGUGCAAAAGCAUGAAGUUUGGCAUGUUGAAGGACCAUCAAGCUGUCACCGGAAACAUCACUGCUUUCGAUGGAUCCAUUCUCUAUCUGCCUGUUAAGCUAAAACAAGUUCUUGAGUUAAAAAGUCAAAGGAAAACUGACAGUGCCGAGAUCAUCAUUAAGAUUCAGUUGACAAAGAUCCUGGAGCCCUGUUCUGACUUGUGCGUUCCGUUCUACAAUGUUGUUUUCCGUCGGGUAAUGAAACUUUUAGAUAUGAAGCUGGUGGGGAGAAACUUCUUUGACCCUACAAGUGCUAUGGUACUACAGCAACACAGAUUGCAGAUCUGGCCGGGCUAUGCAGCUAGCAUCCGGAGGACAGAUGGAGGUCUUUUCCUGCUAGCUGAUGUCUCCCAUAAGGUCAUUCGGAAUGAUUCUGUGCUGGACAUCAUGCAUGCCAUGUACCAAGAGCACAAAGAAGACUUCCAGGACGAGUGCACUAAGCUUCUGGUUGGCAGUAUUGUCAUAACCCGAUACAACAAUCGUACCUAUCGUGUUGAUGAUGUGGAUUGGAAUAAGACUCCAAAAGAUAGCUUCACGAUGUCUGAUGGGAAGGAGAUUACAUUCUUGGAAUACUACAGCAAAAACUAUGGGAUCACAAUAAAGGAAAAGGACCAGCCACUGCUGAUCCACAGGCCCAGUGAGCGACAGAAUAACCAAGGGAUGCUGCUAAAAGGCGAAAUCCUGCUGCUGCCUGAGCUUUCCUUCAUGACUGGAAUCCCUGAGAAGAUGAAGAAGGACUUUAGAGCCAUGAAGGAUUUGACCCAGCAGAUCAACCUGAGCCCCAAACAGCACCAUAAUGCUUUGAAAUGCUUGCUACAGAGAAUUUCAAAAAAUGAGACAGCCAACAGUGAACUGACACGUUGGGGACUCUGUCUGCAGAAGGAUGUACAUAAGAUUGAAGGACGUGUUCUGCCAAUGGAAAGAAUUAACUUAAGGAAUACAUCAUUUAUCACAUCUCAGGAACUAAACUGGAUUAAGGAAGUAACCAGAGACCUUUCCAUCUUAACUGUCCCCAUGCAUUUCUGGGCGCUGUUUUACCCAAAGAGAGCAAUGGAUCAAGCCCGAGAACUGGUGAAGAUGUUAGAGAAGGUAGCUGGCCCCAUUGGCAUACGCAUGAGCCCGCCAGCCUGGGUGGAACUGAAGGAUGAUCGCAUAGAGACCUAUGUCAGAACCAUUCAAUCCAUUCUGGGAGCUGAGGGGAAGAUACAGAUGGUUGUUUGCAUCAUCAUGGGCACACGUGACGAUCUCUACAGGGCCAUUAAAAAGCUGUGCUGUGUGCAGACUCCCGUGCCCUCGCAAGUCAUCAAUGUCCGAACCAUUGGCCAGCCCACCAGGCUUCAGAGUGUGGCCCAGAAAAUUUUACUUCAGAUUAACUGUAAAUUGGGUGGUGAGCUCUGGGGAGUGGAUAUUCCUCUGAGACAAUUAAUGGUGAUCGGGGUGGAUGUUUACCACAACCCCAGCAGAAGCAUGCGCUCCGUGGUUGGCUUUGUCGCAAGCAUCAGUCUCACCCUCACAAAAUGGUAUUCACGAGUGGUAUUCCAGAUGCCUCAUCAGGAGAUGGUGGAUAGCCUGAAGCUGUGCCUGGUGGGCUCCUUGAAAAAGUUCUAUGAGGUGAACCACUGUCUCCCAGAGAAGAUUGUGGUGUACCGUGAUGGAGUGUCUGAUGGCCAACUAAAGACAGUUGCCAGCUAUGAGAUUCCUCAGCUACAGAAGUGUUUUGAAGCUUUUGAGAAUUAUCAUCCCAAGAUGGUGGUAUUUGUAGUUCAGAAGAAAAUCAGCACCAGUGUGUACCUGUCUGCUACCGAGCACUUUGUGACUCCCUCCCCCGGGACUGUGGUAGAUCAUACAAUAACAAGCUGUGAGUGGGUGGACUUCUACCUUCUUGCCCAUCAUGUACGACAGGGUUGUGGCAUUCCUACCCAUUAUGUUUGUGUUCUCAACACUGCACACCUGAGCCCUGAUCAUAUGCAGAGGUUGACUUUCAAACUGUGCCACAUGUACUGGAAUUGGCCUGGUACCAUUAGAGUUCCAGCUCCUUGCAAGUAUGCCCACAGGCUAGCUUUCCUGUCAGGACAAAUCUUGCAUCAUGAACCAGCCAUCCAGCUGUGUGAGAACCUGUUCUUCCUGUGA